UCAGUGAAACGUUUUAUUGGAAAGUAAGUGGUCCAGGAAAUGAUUUUUGGACUGGGGCAGUCUCCUAUAUAACAGCAAAGGCCAGCGUAAGAAUGAUUCCAGAUAUGAAAGACAGAACAGUGACAGGCCAUUUCUUUUCAUUAAGUUCUUUGUUGUGUCUGUUCUUGAAGCAGCAUCCUCUGAAAUUCAUCUAGAGAGUUGAAAAGUCAAGUUUGGCUCUCCAGAAAAGAUUGAAGGAAUUGUUCCAUAAUAGCAAGACUUGAAAUACCUGAUGUUCAAACCAGUGUUUUAUUCUCUGUUGUCAUUGUCAGGAUAUCUGCAUCUGGGAGUGGAUUAUGGGUGCAUACAUCUAGAUGCUACAUUAAUGAGUGAUACAGCUGUAGUAAAGAGCUGUGACUGUACUUCAAAUAGUAUUUACCAGCUUAUUUUUGUUAAAUUUGCUGUGGGAUUUUUUCUGUAGUACCGUGCAAGCUGGUUUCCUUUGUCCUGCUUAGUUAGUGACUUGAGGAUUCAGUUAAUAAUGAUUUCAUUCCAGAGUAAUUUGAAGAACUUCCUGUAGUUACCAUGGGAAUCAUCAGUAUUUUCUAUCUACUAGAAACCAAAUAUUGUAGAGCUGAAGAUGAAGAAUCUUUUCUCCAUAAGAUUUCUUGGUUCAUUUAUAAAGUUUACCAUAUUAUUGUUUCAUGCUAAUACCUAUGAAAUGGCAUCUGCAGCAGCUUGGCUUCCCAAAGUCACUGGGACAGAACUGGAACAUCAACAAAGUUUAGAGCAAUAAACACGAACAUAAAUUUAUGUUUCUUGGAACUGUCUCCACACAUUGUAACUAGUGGAAACAAGUCUUGAACUUAAUUGUUUCAGCUCACACCUACACAUAGUAUAAAUACAGAGAUUCAUCUCUUCCUCUCAAAACAGGGCUCUCAAGCAAAGACUGCAGCUAGUUGAGGUUUUCUUCUUGCUAACUUACCUUGGAAAGAUGGAACUGCAAAUUGAAUGUAUUCCUACAGGAGAAAUUAUCCGCGUGGUUAAUCGCAACAGAGAACAUAAGACUGUAAGCCUGCUUUUUUAUUCUCUGCUCUUUUCUUGCAUGGCUAGUUGUGUGCUAAACAACUUAGUAAGGCUGUCCUGAAUUGAGAAAUACUAAUGGGGGAAAAAAAAAAAAAAAAAGCUGGUUUUCACAAGUGUUAAUUUCUCUUUAGUAUUGGCUGUCCAUGCUGCUGGAUUCCAGUGAAAUGCCAGGCGGCGUCUUGUUGUCAAAGUUUCAUUUUCUGCACUCAAAAAGACAAUUACUGAUCGUGGUUAAUAGUGUCACUUAUUAUGCUUUCUUUGAGGUGAAUAACCAACAUUUAUACUUAAAUGCAACUGUAUUUGUAUCUCUUUGUCAUAGGUACUUAUAAAGUGCUUAAUAUGUCUUCAGUUGUGGUAGCAGACUGCUCAGAGCAGAGCCAGCACAUACUGAAGUACACAUCUGUGCAUAUUGCUCUUGUUUCCGAGCAUUGUCUUUCUAGCAAGUAAUCUGAAACUCGAUCUGAAAAUUAGCUAAGACAUUUACUGUGCAGAUUGCACAAUUGUUAGGUAGUCAUCUCACUUCAGAAAAACCUGAGAGCUCUGCCUUGUUGAGAUGAGAUAAGAUGGCAGCGAUUCUGCUAUUCUUUGGCUUCCAGUAAAUGGUCCCAGAAUGACACUCACUGACAUGCAGUGAUGGUAGAGGACACUGGCUGGACAGACUUGUCAUUCCCAGAGGGAGCUGUUUCUUUAAACCUCACUCUGAAUAACAAGUGCCAGAAUCCUGGGGGAGACAUCAUAGAGAGAAAAGCUAUUAGUUCAGCUUUCUAAAAAGCCUUCAAUACUCAUUAACAGUCCAUAAAACUGUAAUUUGCUACUUUGAGAACGGCGCUCAGUGUUUAAAUACUGUUGGUGCUGCAGAGCAAAGUGGCUUCCGAUGUACUGAGCUUUAAAACAAAGGGAAACUUGUACUGGAGAUGCUUUGAGCUGUUGCAGAAUGGGAUGUGCAUUUGAGCUCAGGGUGCUUUGCCCUGUUAGGAAAUGCUGUGGAUCCUGAGUAUAGAUCCUCCAAAAGGUAACGUGCCUGGGAGCUGCACCGAGCUGCUCCUUGUCUCACCGACCUGCCAGAGAUUCUUGCCUUCGCUCCAGAGCUGAGCUCGCCCUUUGGCCUCGUCACAAAGAUAGGCUCCGGGUGCUUCCCCCAGGCAGCCAGCGGCGAGGAGGGAACGGUACAGUUAGCAUCGGCGUCUGAGCUUUUUAUCUGCCGUGCGUCUGGACCAAACAGGUGCUCCUGUCGUUUUAAGCGACGGGAUCGCGAGUCGAUGCGGGAGCAAGGCUUAGCGGGGGGAUGCCGUUGUCCCGAACAACGUCGGCGGCACGAGCCGUUCCUCCCUCGGGCGGAGCCGCCGCGCCUGCGGGUCGGGGAGGGCGGAGGUGCGGGGAGGGCCGCGGCUGACGGCAGGUGAGGGCGGGGGCAGGGCCGCAGCCACCCCGCCCGGCCCGCACUCCGCAUGCCCGGCGCUCGGACAUGCUCACUAGCGGCGCGGCGCGGGCUCCCGAGGGCAGUCGGUGCCGAAGCGCUGGCGGAGCCGCCGCAGGGCCCCGAGCGGAGCGGGCGGGGGGCGCGGAGCGCAGGGAGCAGGGACUAACGGUGUUCGACUGACCAUGGAGAGUGCCCUGACAGCCCGCGACCGCGUCGGGGUGCAGGAUUUUGUCCUGCUUGAGAACUUCACCAGCGAAGCAGCAUUCAUUGAAAAUCUCCGCAAGCGCUUCAAGGAGAAUCUGAUCUACACAUACAUUGGCUCAGUUCUGGUGUCAGUUAACCCAUACAAGGAACUGGAAAUCUACAGCAAACAGAACAUGGAGCGAUACCGUGGUGUCAGCUUCUAUGAAGUUUCUCCCCACCUCUAUGCUAUUGCUGACAAUUCCUAUCGCUCUCUGCGCACGGAGAGGAAGGAUCAGUGUAUUCUGAUAUCUGGAGAGAGUGGGGCUGGCAAAACAGAGGCCACCAAGAAGAUCCUGCAGUACUACGCCGUGACCUGUCCAGCCAGUCAGCAGGUUGAAACAGUGAAGGACCGCCUGCUGCAAUCCAAUCCUGUCCUGGAGGCCUUUGGAAAUGCGAAAACCCUCCGGAACGAUAACUCCAGCCGAUUUGGGAAAUACAUGGAUGUGCAGUUUGAUUACAGAGGGGCUCCUGUUGGGGGCCACAUCUUGAACUACCUCCUGGAAAAGUCUCGAGUUGUGCACCAAAAUCAUGGGGAGAGGAACUUCCACAUUUUCUACCAGCUGCUAGAAGGAGGGGAAGAGGACUUGUUGCGAAGGCUGGGCCUUGAAAAGAGCCCACAGCAGUAUCACUAUUUAGUAAAAGGUCACUGUGCAAGGGUCAGUUCCAUAAAUGAUAAAAACGAUUGGAAGAUUGUGCGAAGAGCCUUGUCCAUCAUAAGCUUCAAUGACAACGAGGUAGAGGAUUUGCUGAGCAUUGUAGCUAGUGUUCUGCAUCUGGGAAACGUGCAGUUUGCUGCUGAUGAGCAAGGAAAUGCUCAGGUCACUACAGAGAACCAGAUUAAAUACCUGGCACGGCUUCUGGCAGUUGAGGGCUCUGUUCUGCGAGAUGCAUUGAUCCACAAGAAGAUCAUAGCAAAAGGGGAAGAGUUAAUCAGCCCUCUGAACCUGGAGCAGGCAGCCUAUGCAAGGGACGCGCUCGCUAAAGCAAUCUACGGACGCACUUUCUCCUGGCUGGUGAACAAAGUUAACAAAUCUCUUGCUUACAAGGAAGGAGAGUUUCCAGGCUGGAGAAGCACGACAGUUCUAGGAUUGCUUGAUAUUUAUGGGUUUGAGGUUUUCCAGCAUAACAGCUUUGAGCAAUUUUGUAUUAAUUAUUGCAAUGAAAAAUUGCAGCAACUCUUCAUAGAGCUUACAUUAAAGUCAGAACAAGAGGAAUAUGAGUCAGAAGGCAUUGCGUGGGAACCGGUUCAGUAUUUCAAUAACAAAAUCAUUUGUGAUUUGGUGGAAGAGAAAUUCAAAGGCAUCAUUUCUAUCUUGGAUGAAGAAUGUCUGAGACCUGGAGAUGCCACAGAUACAACAUUCUUAGAGAAGCUGGAGGAAACUGUGAAGAACCACCCUCAUUUUCUCACGCACAAGCUUGCUGAUCAAAAAACUCGCAAGUCGCUGGGGAGGGAAGAGUUCCGGCUUUUGCACUAUGCUGGAGAGGUCACCUACAGUGUUGCAGGUUUUCUAGAUAAAAACAAUGACCUUCUCUUUCGGAACCUGAAGGAGACCAUGUGCAACUCUGAGAAUCCUAUCAUAAAUCAGUGUUUUGACAGGACAGAGCUGACAGACAAGAAGAGACCUGAAACGGCAGCAACUCAGUUUAAAAACAGCCUCUCUAAACUCAUGGAAAUCCUGAUGUCCAAAGAACCCUCCUACAUCCGUUGCAUUAAACCUAACGAUGCUAAGCAGGCUGAUCGAUUUGAUGAAGUUCUAAUCCGACACCAAGUGAAAUACCUGGGGCUGAUGGAGAACCUCAGAGUGCGCAGAGCUGGCUUUGCGUAUCGAAGGAAAUACGAAGUUUUCCUGCAGAGAUAUAAAUCACUUUGUCCAGAAACAUGGCCUACGUGGGAUGGACGGCCCCAUGACGGAGUGGCUGUGCUGGUGAAACAUCUUGGCUACAAACAGGAAGAAUAUAAAAUGGGACGAACAAAGAUUUUUAUCCGCUUUCCCAAGACUUUGUUUGCAACGGAAGAUGCUCUGGAAGUGAGGAAGCAGAGCCUGGCAACAAAAAUGCAGGCCACGUGGAGAGGUUUCUACCGUCGGAAGAAAUUCCUGCACAUGAAACACUCAGCAAUAGCCAUCCAGUCCUGGUGGCGAGGAACCCUGGGCCGCCGAAAAGCUGCCAAGAGGAAGUGGGCAGUACAGACUAUCAGAAGGUUCAUUAAGGGCUUUAUUUACCGGAACCACCCUCGCUGCCCAGAGAACGAGUAUUUCCUUGAUUACAUCCGCUUCUCCUUCCUGAUGAACCUCAAACGUAACCUGCCAAAGAACGUCUUGGACAAAUCAUGGCCAACCCCUCCUCCAUCACUCUGUGAGGCAUCCCAGCUCCUGCGCCAGUUGUGCAUGCAGAACAUGGUCUGGACAUACUGCAAGAGAAUCAGCCCAGAGUGGAAGCAACAGUUGGAACAAAAAGUAAUUGCCAGUGAGAUUUUUAAGGGUAAAAAAGACAAUUACCCUCAGAGCGUUCCUAGACUCUUCAUCAACACACGACUUGGUAAUGAAGAGAUAAAUGCUAAAGUCCUUCAGGCUUUAGAAAAUGAAGCAAUUAAGUAUGCAGUUCCUGUCAUCAAGUAUGACCGGAAAGGAUACAAAGCAAGAUCACGGCAGCUGCUUCUCACCCAGAAUGCAGUCAUUAUUGUUGAAGACUCCAAAAUCAAACAACGGAUUGACUAUGCCAAUCUGACAGGCAUCUCUGUCAGCAGCCUGAGCGAUAACUUGUUUGUGCUGCACGUGCACUGUGAGGACAACAAACAGAAGGGAGAUGUUGUACUUCAAAGUGACCACGUGAUAGAGACGCUGACAAAGACAGCCAUGCGGGCAGACAAAGUUAAUAACAUCAACAUCAACCAGGGCAGCAUAAAAUUUACAGUUGGCCAAGGCAAAGAAGGCGUCAUCGAUUUUAUAUCAGGAUCAGAACUGCUUAUAGCCAAAGCCAAGAAUGGCCAUCUAACUGUGGAGGGAGAGAGCAGUGAUUUCCCUCUGUUUCACACACAACCCUUGGACAUCACAGGCCACUGAACCUCCAAGUUCCUGGGUCCAGCAGUAUCCCUGCUGCCUUCUGCCACGCACAGCAAAGCACCCCUACAAAGAUUCCCAGGGCUUCAGCUACUUAGAUCAGGCUCUACAUUGAUGUGUUUCCCUUCUCCCACUCAACUGCACUGGAAGAGUCGUCCUCUAGAGGCAAGCAAAAGAAACAUGAAUAGUGCUUUGUGCAGAGUUCAAAGGAAACCUGACUAAGGGGUGUGGAACAGCUCCGACUCCUCCUGAUGCAGUGCAGGCUGUCAAGGAAGCUGGGCUCAAAUGUAAGCCUCAACUUACUUAUCUCACAGAAGGAAAGCAGUGCUGUUAUUCCUCUCUCCUUCUCUCUUCCCCCCUCUCCAAACGUUCCUAUUCAAAGCAACGGAGGAAAAUUAUUCUUGUUGAAGUAAUAUAAAGGAAAGUCAUAGUAAUAUUUGGCAUUUUUAAUUUAGGUUUGUUUUAUUUAAGUUUAAUGUUAAUUCCAUGCUGUGUUUCAGUAAGAACAAUACAGAUUCUGUAUCUGUGGCUCCAGUCAGAUAUCCAGUAGUACAAAUUAGCUUCAAGUUACACAUACUGAACAAAAGAGGUUGAGCGAGCGAAGGGAGAUGGGGAGGGGGGAGGGAGAAAAGAAAAAAUAUUGAACACACAUGCAGGCUUAUCAAUGCCACCUUCAAUGCUAACCUGCUUUGAGGAAAAGUAAAGAGUAGGCAAGAAUGAGCAGCCACGGAUUGUUGAACUGUUACCAGCACCAUAUUUUUCAGCAACAUUUCAGCAGUUUGGAAGGAUUUUUUUUUCCUUAUUUUUUUAUUACAGUAACCCCACUACAAUAUACAUCCCAAUGCAACCUGUAACUUCAAGCUAAACAUCCAAUUAAGUUUAAACAUUGGUAUAAAAUUCAGUUUAAACAAUUAUAAAAAAAGAAAAAAUGCCACCACAUGCAUGCUACCUCGUGAUAAGGAAUCUCUCCCCUACAAGUCUAACAGCCUCCAGGUGUCACAUCCACUUCUAAUGGCCAUCACCACGGCUGGCAGGAGACAACACAGUAAUGCUGAAAAGCCUUUAUGCAGUCCUGUUAGUGUCUUAAAGAACCUAAAAGCUGGCACCAGUAAAAUCCACAGAAAUUCACUCUUGCCUUUAAGAACUUUUAAACUGUGUAAAAAAAAA